AUGUCGAAACGAAGGGUGGUUGUGACGGGCCUUGGGGUGGUCACACCGCUGGCAACAGGUGUGCAAGCCACCUGGGGGCGACUGAUUAACGCCAAGUGCGGCAUUCGUCGCAUCACGCAGUUCGAUGUGAGCGACCUGCCCGCCAAAAUCGCUGGCAACGUGCUGCGGGGGAAAGACGAGCACGGAGAAUUCGAGCUGGACAAGUGGGUGGACAAGAGGGACCAAGCCCACACGCCAGCCUUCAUCCAGUUCGCGCUCUCCGCCGCACGGCAGGCCCUCGACGACGCGCGAUGGCAGCCCACCACCGAUGCCGAGAAGGAGAGGACGGGUGUGGCGGUGGGUAGCGGCAUCGGAACGCUCGAUGAGAUCGUCUCCACGGCCAACACGCUACAGACAAGUGGCUAUCGGAAGGUGUCGCCGCACUUCAUCCCCAAGAUCCUGGUCAACAUGGCCGCCGGUCGGAUCAGCCUUGCUCAUGGCCUCCGAGGACCCAACCACGCAUGCAUCACGGCCUGUGCUACGGGCGCCAACGCGCUGGGCGACGCCUCUCGCUUCAUUCAGUACGGUGACGCUGAUGUAAUGGUCGCCGGCGGCACGGAGGCAUGUAUUCACCCGUUGGCCCUUGCCGGCUUCAGCCGCAUGCGAGCUUUGGCCAGCAAGUUCAACGACGAACCAGAGAAGGCAUCGCGGCCCUUUGACGAGAAGAGGGACGGAUUUGUGAUGGGCGAAGGUGCCGGAAUCGUCGUGUUGGAGGAGUAUGAGCACGCGAAGCAAAGGGGAGCAAAGAUCUACUGCGAGUUGGCGGGCUACGGUCUAUCGGCAGAUGCCCACCACAUCACUGCGCCAUCGCCAAUCGGUGAUGGAGCCUAUCGGGCAAUGACAUCAGCACUCCGGCAUGCGGGCCUCGGCGUGGAAUCCGUCGACUAUAUCAACGCACAUGCCACCUCCACGCCUAUGGGCGACGAAAUCGAGAAUCGAGCGAUCAAGCGGCUGUUCGGCGACCAUGCGUACAAGCUCGCGGUGUCAUCAACGAAAGGCGCAGUUGGCCAUUUACUUGGUGCCGCCGGUGCUGUUGAGUCGGUGUUCGCCAUUCUCGCUCUUCACACGAACACGGCUCCACCGACCAUCAACCUGACUGCGACCGGCGACAGCGAGCUCGAUCUCAACUACGUGCCCCUCACCGCCCAGCAACGCACCAUCAACGUGGCGCUCAACAACUCCUUUGGCUUUGGCGGCACCAACGCCUGCUUGGCCUUCACCAAGCUUUCUUGA